GGGAUAAAAGUAAUGAGGGAGAGAAAGAGUGGAGGUGGAAGACAAAGCAGCAGAUUAAGGUAUUAUUUUGGGGAACAAAAGCCAUGAUUGAGAUAAUUGGCCUCCCGACAACCAGUCAUGAUUGAAGUCUUACCAUUCCUUCUCUUCUUUCUAUAUAAUCUUCUAUUUCCUUGCCCAUCUUUCUUACAUUACCUAUCACUUUUCUAUCUCUCUUUCUCCUUUCAUCACACCCGACAAUCUAAACUACAUACAAGGAAAAAGUGUGUUUGGCAAAAGAGAAAAAAAAAAAAAAAAUCAAAGAUGGCGGAAAAAGAAGAUCUGGGUUUGAGUCUGAGCUUGAGUUUCCCUCAGAAUCACCACUCUUUACAGCGAAAUCUUAGGCCUUCGCUUGUUCCUUCCUCUGCUAAUUCUUGCUCUUCUCCUUCUACUUUAACCCUUAACAAACACUCAUGGAAUGAUUCUUCUCCUCCUUCAGAUCAUAACUCGGAAUCAUUCCGGGCGGAGAUGGGGUCAAUUUUUAGAGGAAUCGACAUGAACAUAUUGCCAUCGACGGCAGAUUGUGAAGAAGAAGCUGGGGUUUCAUCUCCGAACAGCACGAUAUCGAGCGUGAGUGGAAAAAGGAGCGAAAGAGAAGGCAACGGAGACGAGCUUGAGAUCGAAAAAUCGUCAUCUCGUGGAAUCAGCGACGAAGAAGAUGGCGACACUUCGAGAAAAAAGCUUAGACUUUCUAAAGAUCAGUCUGCUAUUCUCGAGGAAAACUUUAAAGAACACAACACUCUCAACCCCAAACAAAAGUUAGCAUUGGCUAAGCAGCUGGGAUUACGACCCAGACAAGUCGAAGUGUGGUUUCAAAACAGAAGGGCAAGGACCAAGCUGAAGCAAACGGAGGUUGACUGUGAGUUCCUUAAGAGAUGCUGUGAGAAUCUGACGGAGGAGAACCAACGGUUGCAGAAAGAAGUUCAGGAGCUGAGAGCGCUGAAACUUUCCUCCACCCAGUUCUACAUGCAAAUGACCCCACCCACUACCCUCACCAUGUGCACAUCAUGUGAGAGGGUUGCGGUCCCACCCAACCCACCAUCAUCCACCACCGUUGAUCCACGGUCCCAUCAUCAACUAGCCCAAACCCAUCAGAGAGCUUUCCACAUCAACCCUUGGGCUCCAUCCGCCGCUCAUAGACCGUUGGAUGCUCUCCGUCCUCGAUCGUAAUUACAACCCAUGAACAAGGGCAUUCCGGUCAACGCAAAAGAAAUCAUGUGUGGAGUUUUAGUCUUUAGGGUCUAGAAGAUAUGGUGGUUAGAAUGUGAUUUUGGUGGGUCUUGAUGUUUUGUAUUAUUGGACCCAAACCAAGCUUUUGACAUAUUUAACUAGUUUAAUUUAAUCUUUGGUGAUGCUAAUUACAUCUUCCUCCUUCAAUUUCAGUAGUGGGGUUGAAAGAUCAAACCGUGUGUGUAAAGUAGAGUGCAAAAUGUCUAGUUAUUAAAUUUUGACCAAAGCAAUGCAAAAAUCUUUUGUGUUACAGAUUCCAAUUUAAAGCUACAAGGAAUCUGUUCUUUUUGUAUUAUUUUUUUUCCUUCGUAAUUUAGAGCUUUGGGAUUGUGUGGGGCCAAUCAAUUACGUAUUUUAUAAUUAUAAAACUUUGAUCUAUCAUAUUAGUAUGAUUAUCAUUAUCAAA